AUGAUGAGGCAGGAAAACCACGGCGACCAGGAGGCCGACCUACAUGCAUCCCAAGAUGACAUGGAAUCUCUCGUCCUUGACGAGCCACCCUCAUCCAACGGCCAAUCCUCGCCCUCCGCGUCCACCUCCGUGGACCGCCACUCCGCCACCGGAACAACGGCCACAUCCUCGCAAGGCUUCAAUUCCAUCCUUGAACCCCCGUCUUACGCCGACGCCAUCUUCACCUCGUUCGAUUCCUCCUCAUCCAACGGCCACGAAAGCCCUAGGCCCUCAACUUAUCAAUCGGAGCCUCCGACAAGAUCCGAAUUUCUCAAGAUAUGGGUCUCGGAGCCUCAGAAGGAGCUCGAGCUCAACAAUUCGCUCGUUCCCGGCGGGACCUCGUACUACACGUACCUGAUCACCACCCGGACCAACAUGCCCGAGUACGGCGGGCCCGGAUCCGAAUUCACCCUACGGAGGCGGUUCAAGGACGUGGUGACGCUGUCGGACCGGCUAUCCGAAUCGUUCCGUGGGUUCUUCAUCCCGAUCCGACCCGAUAAGAGCGUGGUGGAGAGCCAGGUGAUGCAAAUCGAGCAGUUCGUGGAGCUGCGGAGGGCGGCACUGGCGAAGUACCUGAACAAGCUCGCGGUGCAUCCGACGAUCAAGAAGAGCGAGGAGCUGAGGCUGUUUUUGGUGGUGAAGGGGAAGCUACCGCUAACAAGAAGCAUCGACAUGGCGUCGCGGGUGCUCGAUGGAGCAGUGAGGCUACCAAGGCAGCUGACGGGGGAGGUGGCUGUCGUGACAGAUGUGAAUGAGGCUGCGCAGCCGGCCAAGGGCGGCAGGGACUUGCUGAGGAUCUUCAGGGAGCUGAAGCAGGCGGUGGUGAACGAUUGGGGCGGAGUGAAGCCGAUGGCGGUUGAGGAUGAUAAAGAAUUUUUGGAGAGGAAGGAGAAGGUGGCCGAGUUUGAGCAGCAGCUUAGCAAUUUGUCUCAGCAGGCUGAAUCACUAGUAAAAGCUCAGCAGGACAUGGGAGAGACUCUGGGGGAAUUGGGGUUGGCAUUUGUGAAGCUGACCAAGCUUGAGACGGAGGGAGCCAUGUUCGAACCUCAAACAGUACGAGCCAAUGACAUGAAAAAUGUGGCUACUGCUUCUGUUAAAGCUAGCCGAUUGUACCGGGAGUUAAAUGCGCAAACGGUCAAACAUUUGGACAAACUCCAUGAAUAUCUUGGAGUAAUGCUGGCAGUCAAUAGUGCAAUUUCAGACAGAUCAAGUGCUUUACUGACGGUUCAGACUCUUUCGUCGGAAUUAGUUUCGUUGCAGUCCAGGAUUGAGAAGCUUGAAGCUGCAGCAUCCAAAAUAUUUGGUGGAGACAGGUCCAGGAUGCGGAAAAUAGAGGAGCUUAAAGAAACUUUAAAGAUUAGUGAGGAUGCUAAAUCUUGUGCAGUCAGAGAGUAUGAACGCAUCAAGGAAAAUAACAGGAGUGAGCUCGAAAGGCUUGACAGAGAGAGGCACGAGGACUUCAUGGGCAUGCUGAGAGGAUUUGUUCUUAACCAGGCUGGAUACGCGGAAAAGAUGGCGAAUGCUUGGGAGAAGCUUGCGGAAGAAACAAGCGGGUAUGCGAAUGAGAAUGAUGCCAGCUGACAUUGUUGGCCGUAAAAUUUUCGUGUUUAGCUUUUCAUUCUGUGUCUCUGCAUUUCGUGCAUGUACACUAGUUACAUCCCAUUUGCGAUAUACCCCAACAAACUUUCAUCCUAACCAACCAAAAAUAGGCCUCAGAAGACUAUUUUAACCUUCAAUGCAUAGUUUUUAUGUUUGAUCCAA